AUGUCCAAGAUCAGGCGGAAAGUCACAGUGGAGAAUUCAAAGACCAUUUCAGACUCAAGCAGCUCCGCACCCCUCCCUCCCUCCUCCAGGCGCCCCAGUGUGUUUGAAAGGCUGGGACCCAGUACGGCGGGCCCUGCUGCCGAGAGUCAGUGUAGAAAUUGGCUGAAAACCGGAAGCUGCAGCUACGGAACCACGUGCCGUUACACACAUGGACCUCAGCCGCGCGGCAAAUUCAGCUUCAGUCUGUCUGCGGAGAGGCCCACCGGAGAUCUGCGCGAGAGGAUGAAAAACAAGAGACAAGAUGUGGACUCAGAGAAUGUGAAACGUGACGCAGACGAACCUCCAACCGCCACAACCAGAAGAGACUCGUCCAGAGGAAGACACAGAGAAAAAGAAGACAUUAAAAUCACUAAAGAGAGAACUCCCAACAGCGACGAAGAGGCUCCCGAGUGGGAGCAGAGCAGAGAAGACUCCGACAUCGGGGACUACGACUACGAGCUGUCCCUGGAGAUGAAGAGGCAGAAGAUCCAGAGAGAACUGCUAAAGCUGGAGCAGGAGAACCAGGACAAGAGAGACGAGAUGGUCUGCAAGAAGGAGGAGGGCGGAGGGAAGAGUCGGAGCGCAGGGCCGAGCAAGGAGUCUCCUGAGCCAAUCCGGUCGAAAGACUCUCCCCACAGAAAGCCCAGUUCUUCUCCCAAACACAAAGGCAGCGCCAAGACCUCCGGCUCAGGAAAGAAGGAGAAGAAGGCAGCAGCAGCAGCGGUGUCUCCGGGCACCGAGAGGUCGUCUAAAGGCGCCCACAGUAAGAAGAAGGGACCCCGCACCCCCAGCCCCCCUCCACCGGUGCCCCUGGAACUGCCGGUGAGUGGGAAGAAGCACAAAACCAAACACAAGAACAAGGAGAAGUCUGAGGAGAAGGUGAAGGAGAAGGAGCGUGAGAAGGAGGUGGAGAAACACAAGGAGAAGAAGGAGAAACGCCGAGAUCGAUGGGACAGUGCCCACAAGGCUAAACGUGUAGUGUCAUCAGAGGAGCGAUCGGGAAGUGCGUCUCCUCCUCCGACACAAAAGAAGAGCUCACCAAAGACCGCAGCAAAGGCCCAGAGAUCUCCACCGCGUCGGUCUGUGUCUCCUGCUCACUACCAGAGGUCCUCAUCUCCGGCCGCUCGUCACCGCUCUGCCUCGUCUCGCUCCUCCUCCCCCCUCCAGGAGCCCUCUCCGCCCCCGCCCAGACGCUCCGACCGACGCAGCCCAGCUAGGAGGCACUCCAGGGGCCGUGACCGGAGCCGAGAGCGGGACAGGAGCAGGGACAGGAGCAGGGACAGGAGCCGAGACCGGAGCCGGGACCGCAGUCGAGACCGCAGCCGAGACCGCAGCCGAGACCGCAGCCGAGACCGCAGCCGAGACCGCAGCCGAGACCAGAGCCGAGACCGAAGCAGAGAUCGUAGCAGAGAUCGUAGCAGGGACCGGAGCAGGGACCGGGACAAGAGCAGAGACAGAGACAGGAGUCAAGAAAGGAGCAGGGACCACAGCCGAGGCCGAGACCGGAGCAGAGGGGAGAGAGAACGCAGAGAUGAAAGCCGCUCCAAACGAGAUAAAGAUGGCGGCCGUGAAGAUCGUCACUUUGACUCCGAAUCACGAGAUGAGAGAGAAGGAAGGGAACGCCGUGAGUCAAACCGCGAAUCCCGUGAUAACCGGGAGCGAGAGGGCGCCGCAGAGCGCAGAGAACGGAAAGAUGAGCCAGACGACAGAAGCUACGGGCGCUCACACCGAGCUGAAGACAGAGAACGAGUGGAGAGAGGCGGGCGCAUUAGGGGCAGAGCCGAACCCCAGGACAAAGAACCGCAGCUGAAAGGAAUCGUGACGCGGCUCUUCUGUCGACAAGGAUUCUAUCUACAGAUGGCGCAAGACGGAGCGCUGGACGGCACCAAAGACGACAGCACUAACGCAACUCUGUUCAACCUGAUUCCAGUGGGACUGAGAGUUGUAGCCAUUCAGUCCAGCAAGACCGGACUCUACAUCGCCAUGAACGGGGAGGGCCAUCUGUACACAUCUGCCGGAGUCCAGAUGGGCAAUGCCUGCUGGGAGCUGUACUGCCUGGAGCACGGGAUCCAGCCGGACGGCCAGAUGCCCAGCGACAAGAUACGAGGAGGAGGAGACGACUCGUUCAACACCUUCUUCAGUGAGACUGGAGCUGGGAAGCACGUUCCUAGAGCUGUGUUCGUGGACCUGGAGCCAACGGUUAUAGAUGAGGUGCGCACUGGGACUUACCGACAGCUGUUCCACCCUGAGCAGCUGAUCUCUGGGAAGGAGGACGCUGCAAACAACUACGCCCGUGGCCACUACACUGUCGGCAAGGAGAUCAUCGAUGUUGUGCUCGACAGAACUCGUAAACUCGCCGACCAGUGCACUGGACUGCAGGGCUUUCUAAUCUUCCACUCAUUUGGAGGAGGCACUGGAUCCGGCUUCACCUCUCUGCUGAUGGAGCGCCUCUCUGUCGACUAUGGCAAGAAGUCCAAGCUGGAGUUUGCAGUUUACCCAGCUCCUCAGGUGUCCACUGCAGUAGUUGAGCCGUACAACUCCAUUCUCACCACCCACACCACUCUGGAGCACUCAGACUGUGCCUUCAUGGUGGACAAUGAAGCAAUCUACGACAUCUGCCGCAGGAACCUUGACAUCGAACGCCCCUCUUACACUAACCUGAACCGGCUGAUCGGCCAGAUCGUGUCCUCCAUCACUGCCUCUCUGCGCUUUGAUGGAGCUCUAAACGUGGACCUCACAGAGUUCCAGACCAACUUGGUGCCCUACCCUCAAACUGGAGCCGUUUUCACAUUUGGAAAGAGCAAGUUUGCAGACAACAUUCCCAGUAAGUUUUGGCUGAAGAACGACGUCCCGCUGAAAGUUGCCUGUGGAGACGAGCACACGGCUGUGAUCACAGACAAUGGGAAGCUGUAUGUGUUCGGCAGCAAUAACUGGGGCCAGCUUGGUCUGGGCUCCAAAGUGACUGUGAGCAAACCCACAUGUGUCAAAGGUACGUUCAAGAUCACAUCCUGUCCUUUCCUCUGA